AUGUACGAACCGCCGAGGGAACAGCGCUGUCGAGGCCAUUCCCUGUUCCCGUCGCGAGGUUCGGCGCAAAGCCUCAGAAGCCAGUACAGGGGCGUGAAUCUGGCCCAGAUGAUGGAGGAGUUCCGGCAGCAAGACGACAUCUACAUGCCCGUCCCGCCGACGCCACCGCCGCACGCCAUCACUCCCCGGAGACGCCCCAGCCGGUCCUCGCUGCUCCAGUCCACCGUACGCUUCGCCUCUCCUCUCGAUACCCUCACGCAGAGACUGCAAUCAAGAACACCAAUGAGCACGCCCGCUUCGCGCCAGCAGACCCCGGUGUUCCCGUUUGCGGUCCCCGAGGAGGACGAGGAAGAGAGGGAGUCGACGCCUCCGAAAGAGCCCUCGCCGCUUUCCGUGUACGAGAGCGCAGAGGGAGAGGAGCGGAGCGUGGACCUGGAAAGGUUUCCGAUGCCGCCCGAGUUCGCGGGCAGGGAGUAUCUCAGUCCCGUCCGGGAGAGCGACGACUGGGUCGACCUCGAGGACGCGACGGGAAAGGUGUACGCGUUUGACCCCGCGCGCAGGUCGGGUGACCGCUCGCGAGACGACGACGAGGGGUCUGAUUUGGAGACGCCGUUUUCCGAUGACUCUACCCUGAGAGGGGAGGAGCCGCCGCUGAGCAGGGCUUUCUACGUGUAUCAGUCGAAGUACACUGGAGAUGGUGUCCUUGGGGGGUCGCACUCCGCGGCGCUGGAAAUCGUUCAUGAUGUGAAGAGGAGGCGGCAGUCGCUGUUUAGAUGGCUGCAUGUGCAGCAGGAUAUGAUGAAUUUUGAUGAAUUUACGAAUGAGAUUUCGCAAUCACUCUCGGAGCACGAGCAGAACGACAUCCGCAAACUGCUUUCUGAUGUUAGAAAAAACUACUCUAAGACGGUUCGAACUUCCAGGCAAACGACGGUUAAACACAUGGAACCGAGUUACCUCCAGCUUCCCCUGCAGGGCGGAGACUCGUCAAAUGGCCUGAAGACAAAGCGAUCGGCGACUUGGCUCUGUAUCCCCUACUUCUCGCUCGAAGAAUACUCCGGGAUCCAGGCCGCGGACAACCCAGGCGCCUACCCGCCUCAGACCCUGCUUCAAGCUUCCUUUUCCCGCAACUCCGAGAAGCGCGAUAUGCUCCAGGCGACUCGUCAAAUCGGGAACGGCGAUAAGGGAACCUGCUUCCAUGUUCGCCAGCUGUGGUGUAUUGUGCUGGACAACUCUCUCUUGAUAACAUGCGGAUCGAUGACGGAGUCGGCGCUCCGGGGCGACACUGUCAGUGUCGUGUCAGAGCCGGCAAGAGAGCCAACACUCGGCGUGGAGUCUGGACGAAUACUUAUUCAAUACGGCGCCUCGGUGCUGUGGUCGUUCCCGCUUCAGGAGUGCCAGACUUGGUUCGCAUUCAUCGCUCACUUCUCCGACUUUUGGCCCAAGGCGGUGCGUUUCCAAUUCAACGGCCGUUUGCUCACCGAGGCCCGUUGGUGGAAAGUCUUGCAAUUCGCUAGGACUUCUCGCAAGAACGUGGUCAUCAUGAUGGAGACUUGCACACCGCCUCAGCUUCCACCCAGUGGUAUACUGCGACCUAUCGGACAAGCAGUGAGCAGCAUAGAGGCACAUCCAGGCACCGGCCUCCAACCCGCGCCGCUAUCUCCAGGAAAGCAUUUGAGCUAUCCCCCGGGACAUGGAAAGGCGAACGACAAGUUUCACGUGUUCAGCUGGGCUGACGGACAUGCUCCGAGCCCGGUCGAUGGGCCUAACUUCAUCCUCCUUCAAAGUCAACUCUCGGAAGUCGAAGAUUUCUUAACCACCGAGACGAAUGGACCUGACCGGAGAGCUUAUCUGGAUUCGGAAGUGUCUUCGCGUGAUGCCGUGUACGCGUAUCUCGAGCGGCAAGGGGCGGCGAUCCAGGAGCUGAAGAACAAGCCUUUGAAGAAGCAACUCUAUGAGGAGCGUGUUGACAUAUUCAACGCUGCCGAUACCCUGCUCAGGUUCUUCCUGCCGCCCUUGUUCGACGGGCCGACGACAGAAAGGUUCUGGGGUGCUGUGAUGAAUUUGGUCUGGAUGCCUCUAUCCGACGUUGCGGACAACAAUCCCGUACAGCAUGAACUCGACAAGACACGGCGCGAUGUCGUCUUCGCCAAUGCAUCAACUAUUCGAAAAGCCCUGCGACAAAUGGCUCUUCCAGUCAUGGCAUUCAAGAGCAUCCUGUCUCACGCCGAGCCUAGCGACCGUCUGGAAAUCGAUGUCCCUCUUGAUCUGAUCCGGGCGUGGCUUCAUCUUGUCAUGGGUCUGAUCUAUGCCAGUCACGAGACGCACUUGUGGAAGGACCACCUCGACGUGGCCGACACACUCGUCAAGAGCGGCAUGAAGCACAUCAUGGAACGGCUGUCAAAUCUUAAUCUCCUGGAACGAUCCUCCGUUCUUCCGCUGGAGGUUGUCUCCCUGAUUGGGUACGGCCUCCUCUCCAACACCUCUGGAAAGUAUGCCGGCAUUAGCGAUACAUACUCAGAGUAUCUCAGAGCUUUGGAGAACGAGAUUGCCAAUGGGGCUUCGGACAUGACUUACCAGCAGCGGAUAAACUUUCUACGCCAAGAGGUUACUGUGAUUAACCGCACAAUAGCUGCGCAAAACACCGUCUUCAACUCUAUCCUGGCAUCCCGAGACGAAGGUUCAUCCGCAGCCCCGAAACACUCUCGUCUGAACCGGGCUCGAUUUGGCGAGGCGAGAAGGCGUGAGGGCGAUCCCUUGCGAACUCAUCUGCGCAUGGUGAGAAACCGACACGCGGACGACGACGAGGCGGAUCUCUUGUUGGAAACCGUGGGCGAGGUCUCUGACUUUUACAAGCUCCCAUCCACAGACGCUGCCGGCUUUAGGGAUCUCCUGGCCGCGGAAUGCACGCAGCUGCUGGAGAGGCGGGCGAGAGACUUUGACGAGUAUGCCGAACAGGCGGAUAUUCUCGAGCAGACGAAUCUGAACAACGCUGCGGUGACUAAGGACCGGCAAGAACAGGCCAUUUACGCCUUCACCAUCGUCACCAUCAUCUUCCUUCCCCUGAGCGCUGUUUCAAGCAUCUUCGGGAUGAACACAAGUGACAUCCGCGACAUGGAAGCGGGUCAGUGGCUGUACUGGGCUACCGCGAUACCCGUCACCAUCCUGAUCAUUAUGGUCGGAUUAUGGUGGAUGGGCGAGCUGGCGCACUUGUUCAACUGGGUGACUGGCAAAUUUCGAGGCGAUGAAGAGUUCGGAUCAAGGUUUCCUACGCACACCGACAUCUCGGAGAAGCCAGAUGGCCAUGACGCGAUGGAAGUGCUCCCGCUCGCGGCUGCCGCGUACACGCAUUCGCCGUCGGCCAAGGACAACGUGAGGACGGUGAAGCUGGAAUACUACGAAUACCACCACCACCACCGCCACCACCACCACCACGGCGCGAAGAAACGCCUCUACCUCGAGCCCCCCACAAACGGCGCUGUGACCGUCCGCCAGCGCAAGACCACCUUCAUCCCCGCCCGCGAGCGGACGCCGUCCCCUCCCCCUCCUCCGCCGCCCGUCAUCUGCCCUCCCCCCGUCGUCGUCGAGCCGCUGCCUCCCCCGCCUCCCCCGCCCCCGGUCGUCCUGCCCUGCCCGCCGCCGCCGCCGCCUCCUCCGGUGAUCAUCCCCGAGCCGGCGCCGGGCCCGAUCGAGGUCAUCGCGGUGGACGUGGAGCCGAGCGUCAAGAGCAGCAGCAAGUCGUCGCGGAGCAGCCACAGCCGGAGCCGGUCGCGUCACGGGAGCGGGAGCCGGAGCCGGGACCGCGAGAGGGACAUCAGGGAGGUGUACGUCGAGCGCGAGAAGCUCGUGCCCGUGAGGGUGCCCUACCCGGUCCCCGUGCCGGUCGAGCCGCGGUACGAGACGUUCCGGUACGUCGAGGGGAGGCGGUACUCGCCGCCGCCGAGGAUGCUCCCGCCGCCGCCGCCCGAGGAGGAGAGGAUGAGGGUUACGAUUUCGGACCGGAGGAGGGAGAGGGAGUAUGUCCACCGGCGAUGA